AUGUCGUGGCGUUUUGAGGAGCUCCUUUCUGUCAUGGACUUCUACAUGGAGCCUCAUAUCAGCCUGUCGGUCGCCUCAGCUCUCAAGCGUCAUGACGCCCUGUACGUGGUUGGUGCUCUGGAGGAAGCCAUGGAGCUGAGAGGGAUGCGUUACCAUCCCAUUGACAUCGAGACCUCAGUCAUCAGGACGCACAAGAGCAUCACAGAGUGCGCGGUGUUCACGUGGACCAAUCUGCUGGUGGUGGUGGUGGAGCUGGACGGCUCGGAACACGAGGCCCUGGACCUGGUCCCUCUGGUCACCAACGUGGUCCUGGAGGAGCAUUACCUGAUCGUGGGCGUGGUGGUGGUGGUCGACAUCGGCGUCAUCCCCAUCAACUCCCGCGGUGAGAAGCAACGCAUGCACCUGCGUGAUGGCUUCCUGGCUGACCAGCUGGACCCCAUCUACGUGGCCUACAACAUGUAGCGCCCCCUGGUGGACAAUAUGAAGGUGGAUAAAGGAUUCUUUAGGAGGAUGCAAAGACGGUCUGCUCCUGCAACUGAAAAUAAUGAAACCAGAGUCUGAGGCACGAGAAGGUAGCCAACCUUUCUCAUGCAGCGCUUACCCUCAGGCUAUGUGCUGCUGCCAACUAGCUCCCAAAAUCAAGUGGUUAUGUUUAGGUUAUUAGUGUUCAGGCCAUGGUUUUAAUUUGGAGGAGGCGAGAUUUGCACUCAAGCUCGAGAGUAAAUGCAGCCACCCCCACCCAGAGCAGGAAAGUUGUCCUAUUUGUGCCGGCUGUUUACAGAAAAGUGGCAAUCGUGCGUCCCGGAGGUGGAAAAGGACAAUCGUUGACAAAGAUUCUGGCUUUUAAAUUGUGUGUGGCUCACUUUAAUAUUUUCCUGUUAAGUAUUUGCUGAAGUCGCUUGUUUUUUGUUUUUGUUUGUUUUUUAACAUCUCCCUUGAAAAAGUUUAGGCUAUUUUUUGAAAAGGAUAUUUACACAAAAACAAAACAAACUGUGGCAAAAAUGAUAUUUUACGAUAUGAACCGAUUACAAAGAGCGAGAUAUGUUUUGAUACGAGGGCGGGGUCCGAGGGAGCAAAUCGCAGCUGUCCUUCAACUUUACGAUGAGGUACUACAUGUUUGUUUCAUGCUAGCUUUUUUUUUGUUUGUUUUUGUAAGUAUUAACUUUUUGUUUUUUAAUUCAUUAUUUUCUGAACCGUCCGUCCCGACUCAGCGGGGAAUCAGUGUGCUAAUAGCUAACAGCUGCAGCCUUUAACUCCGUUUAUUUUUACACACAAACAUGCUUCAACUGAAGCGAAACAAUACAUAAAUUCAUAUCAUGUAAGUAUGUACAAAAAGAAACUGAUUUAAUUUAUUUUGUUCCUCUUUUAGAAGUAUAUGAUGAGACAUUCAAGAAUGUUUUGCUCUUGAAUAUUUGCUAAUAUAAAAAUAAAACAAAAAAGCAUUGUAUUAUCUUGAGUGAAACGCACUCACGUCAAGCAUACUAUGGAAUAAUAGAAAUAUAUGAUUAUAGAUUAUAUUAAAAUAUGAGUAAAGGAUUCACACCAGACAGAAGCAGAUUGACAUGCCAUGCUUUUUAAUCUGCAUGUUGGUCUGAAAUGUUUCCGUCAAAUCAGAAGUGAAGCUUUGAGGAGUUUUAUUCCACAUGAAGAGUUCUGAACCAAAACGUCAUCUUUUAUUAAAUCUGUAAACGUUUUGACUUUUUCCCUUCAAACAGUGUGAAAGUUAUUUAAACUCACUCCUUAAAAUGACUCAUUUGUGCCAUUAAAAAUCAUUCCCUUCCGCGUCUAAUUGGUGCACUCAGUAUUUUUUCAAAGUGAGAAACUUUAGUAAUAACGCAACUAAAAUAUCUCUCUUUCUUUCGGGAAGGCAGCAGUAAAACUUUCAGUCAUUCAAAAACCUUGAAUAUACAUUUUUAAAAACUGGAUACAGUCUGUAACAUCAUGCGAGUUUUAACCCUAAUGACCUCUUUUCAUUGGCCUUAAUUAGUAAAAAUUUACAAUUACACAAAAAUGUUUUUAUGUAAUGAACGAUAAUCCAAAAAAGCAAAAAUCAGAAAAGAUUCAGAUUUUAUUAGGUCUGUAUUAACACAUGCGAUAUGUACACUGACAUAUGUCGCUGAAAACAUUUCUGUCCAAAACAAUGUCACACGGGGUGAGUAUUUGAUAUACAAAUCAUCAUUUGGUGAAGUGUUAUCUUUAAGGGUAUUCUCAAGACAAUGUAAAUGUUUUUCAUUCAGUGUUUACAACUCAGCCAAGAUUUUUAUUUUUUUAAAUAAAAAAGCCUUUUUUUUCCCUUUUUUUCUCUUUUUUAAAUUUCAGUUGUUUAUAAAUAUAUAUAUAUAUAUAUAUAUAUAUAUAUAUAUAUAUAUAUAUACAUAAAAGAAUUUAAAAUCGGCAUAUCACAGUCAUACUUUGUGCCACGAGAAAAGUUGAAAUGCUGGGCAAAAUGAGAGAAUGAUUUGCAGCUCUUGAUCCACCUUAAAAAAUUCAGGCUGAAUAUUAUAAAAACCCUCAUUCAUCCUAUUACAUAAAGUUGUGAACAUUCAUUUACUGUCUCUUAGAUCAAGAUAAAAAUUUCAAUCUGAGUGAUCCAAUGGAAGGUCUUCAGGGCACAAAUUAUUAAUUUUGGAGAAAAUAUUGCAUAUCAUAAGCCUAAAAAAAAUCUAAGGACCACCAAUGAUUAAAGAUCACACAUAACUUAUUCUGUUAAUAAAAAUGUAUUUAAUUGGGCUCUGUGCGGCUAUGUGAGGGAAUCUAUGACCUCCAGUGGUGACCAGGAGAAAUUAAAACAACACUGACGUUAAAGAAAACGUAUACAGUAAGUUUUCUGUAACUGAAAGUGAUACAACUUUUCCAAAAUUUUAGGAUUUCUCACUUUGGUUCAGAACUCCUUAUAUAUCAUGUUUAUCAGGACACAAACAGGUUUUCUGAUCUUUAAAAGGUAAUAAAUAGAAAUUAAGUUUUCAUUUCUCUUUUUUUGUUACUGGAAUAAACUCCUCGAUUCAAACAGACCAACAAGCAGCACUGGAUUAUUUUAAGAAAAGCUGAAUCCUCAUCAACACCUUGGAGUGUCCCCAUAACGGCAGGUAGGCGAGCAGCCGCCACUAUUGUAAAUAUCAGAGUCAGAAGUCCUUCAUAUUUUUUACAUGGACAGAUCAAUCAGGGCUCAUACAGUGAUGUCACGACAGGAAUAAAUGACUGAAAACAGGAGGCAGACGGUGAAGGCGUUUUACCAGAGACCCUUUAAACUCAGCGCAGAGCUGUGGAGAGGUCAAAGGUCGCAGGAAUACGAGAAUGUUCUAGUUUCAACACACGAAAAGAGAAAAAAAGCACUUUCUUCACAGUUUGUUUCUUUCUUUCUUUUAUCAGCAAAAUGUAUGUCGUCCCCUCCCCAGUAUGUUUUUUUUAAAGGUUUUAAAAAUGUCUUAUUUGAGUUGACAUAAAGUCUUUCAAUUAAAUAAAUAUUUCAACAAUUUUGA